AUGCUUCGUCAAUUUUGUCAGAGUAUAAAACGCUUGGAAUCGGGAGCUAAUAUUUCUAAGCUAAGACCAACUACUUUUUACAAACAGCAAAGGAUUUUCUCAAGAUAUUAUAGCUGUGCGACAGAUACUAAGAAAUCAAGCUUCGAAGAGAUGAAAAAUGCAUGCAGAGACCCAAUUGUCUGGAUCGAUUGUGAGAUGACCGGACUCGAUGUGUUUAAAGACACAAUAAUUGAAAUUUGUUGCAUAAUUACUGACAGCAAACUCAAUAUACUUGAUGCUCAGGGAUUCGAAUCGGUUAUUUAUAAGCCAAAAUCGGUGCUUGAUAGUAUGAAUAACUGGUGCAUUGAACACCACGGUAAAUCUGGUCUUACCAAAAAAGUUUUGAAUGCUUCCUCAGAAUCCAAAUCCCUCGAGAAAGUUGAAGAAGCUUUGCUCGAAUAUAUAAAGAAGUACGUUCCAUUGAUGGGGUCAGCAGUUCUAGGAGGCAACACCAUUCAUAUGGAUAAAUUUUUUAUGAUCAGGGAAUUUCCAAAGGUCGUGGAUCACUUGCAUUAUAGAGUUAUUGAUGUCAGUUCUAUUAGUGAAAUCUGCAAAAGGUUAAACCCAGAAUUAACUAAAUAUCAACCUAGAAAGAAAAACUGUCAUACUGCCAAAUCUGAUAUUUUGGAGAGCAUUGGACAGUUAAAAUGGUUCUCAAAAUACUAUUUGAAAAGUGACAAAGAAGUGGACUUCAAUGCAGUCGUAUUGGGUGGUACUGGGAUCGGAAAAUUGGCAUUGAAAUGA